AUUUCAAAGAUAGUAUAGGUUUUAGCGAUAAAUUACUAUUUGUAAUAGCGGAAUCAUAUCCUAAUUUGAGAUAUAUUAAUUUGUGGGAUACUCAAAUAACUGAUAAAAAUUUAUAUGCAAUUGCGCAAUCAUGUUGUAAAUUAGAAUAUCUAAAUAUUUCUUACUGCAGAAAUAUUAGCGAUAAAUCUUUGUUUGAAAUCACAGGAAAUUAUCAUGAUUUGCAAGAGUUUUAUUUUGCUAAAGUACGUCAGAUCACUGAUAAAUCUAUAAGUUGCAUCUUAAACUCAUACCUAAAUUUACAAAAACUUGAUAUUACAUUUAGUCAUAAAGAUAUCAAAGAUGCUAAAAUCAGUGAUAAUGAUAUUGAUGAUGAGAUUACUGCUCAUUCUUGUCAUAAAUUGGAAUAUCUUGAUCUAACUAACCAGGAUAGCAUCUCCAAUACUGAUUAUGUAUCAGAAACUGUGGUGGUUGCUUCUCAAUCGGUUAUUGCAGAUACUUCUCAGAAAGAAAUUCUCACAAUGGAUUCAGAAGUGACACAUGAUAUAAAACCUGUUAAUAUGUAUUCUGAAAAUUCUGAAUUAUCACGUGAUACAAACCCCUUAACAAAGUUAAGAGAGAUAGAUAGAAAUGUAGAAAUAGAAAGAUUGAGAAAAGAAAAUUCUUCUGAUAGCUUACUAAGGAUGUUUCAAAGGGAUCACAUCUUACCGACCAAGAAUAGUGAAAAUGUUCAGGCUUCUCAAACUAUAAAGUUUUCUUCUCCCAAAACCAUAGUUUCUGGAUCAAUAAACAUCAAAAACUUGCUAAUUCAUUCUGCCAGGCGAAUGUUGCAAGAAAUAAGCAAAGCAAUCAGAGAUUACAUUAUGACUGCAAGAAAGCAGAUCUAUAAUAAAAUGAAGCCGUAUCUUGCAGAUGUUUCAAUUGGAUAUUUACAAGUAAUGGUCUGUAAAGCGAAAAAAAUCAAUAGGUUAUUUGGGUAUAAAUAUGACCCUAUAACUCUGAAAAAAAUUAAAGGUCAAAUUGAAAACAACACUAAUCCUGUGAAUGAAAUCUCCAAGAUGGUGGCUACUACUUCAGUUUAUGACUCAGAUGAUAAUUUUAGUAAUACAUCUGAUAUUACAGAUUAUUUUAAGGAAGAAGAAACGAAUGAUUCGAUUAAGAAGG